ACUAAUUUUACCAGCUCUUCUGGCCCUUCUCUUCCCAGUGGACUCUGGGAAGCCCACAGUCCAUGGUUCUAUUGGGCCUGCCAUGAAGCAGGGGAAGAGGGUCAGAGCCCCACACCCCAUAGGGAGGGAGCCAGCUGCUUCUGGCCAGCCUCAGAUUAAUGGCUUUUAAUUUAGAAUUUAAUCAAUGCAGCUUCUCUCUGGAGAGCUGAAUGCUCUAGUCUGGGAGUGAGUUGUAUAAUUUGUGAGUGGGGCAGGCAGGGGGCCCAUGAUGGCCUCUACCAGGCCUCCUCCCUGGCCCCACCCUGACCUUGCUCUGCUUUGCCUGCAGCCAGCAGGCAUCCUGGUCAUGGAGGACUGCAACGUGCACUCGGCUGCCAGCAUCUUGGCCUCGGUGAAGGAGCAGGAGGCCCGCUUCCAGCGGCUGACACGGGCACUGGAGCAGGAGCGGCGCCAUGUUGCCCUGCAGCUGGAGCGUGCCCAGCAGCCUGGCAUGGGCAGUGGUGGUGUGGGCAGUGGGCAGCCCCUGCCAAUGGCCUGGCAACAGCUGGUCUUGCAGGAGCAGAGCCCCGGUAGCCAGGUCUCACUGGCCACGAUGCCGGAGGCACCAGAGUUGCUCGAGGAGACAGUGACGGUGGAGGAGGACCCUGGCACACCCACCUCCCACGUGUCCAUUGUUACGUCAGAAGAUGGCACUACACGGCGUACGGAGACCAAGGUCACCAAGACGGUCAAGACAGUGACUACACGAACAGUGCGCCAGGUGCCCAUGGGCCCAGAUGGCCUCCCCCUCCUGGAUGGUGGCACCCCGCUAGGGCCCUUCGCUGAUGGCCCCCUGGACCGGCACUUUCUGCUGCGCGGGGGUGGCCCGGUGGCCACGCUCUCCCGCACCUACCUCAACAGCGGGGGCGGCUUUCCUGACAGUCCCGAGCCCCGUGAUGUCGCCAGCUAUGGUAGCCUGUCCCGUGGGUUGGGUGUGCGACCCCCACGUGGCGGCCCCCUUGGCCCAAGCCCUGGCGAUGGCUGCUUCACAUUGCCUGGCCGCCGUGAGGCCUUCCCCGAGGGCCCUGAGCCUGUGUCACUGGCCAGCCGCUCCCAGCCCGAGCGUUUCCAGGCAGAGCCGUACGGCCUGGAGGACGACACACGCAGCCUGGCUGCCGAUGACGGGGGUGGUCCGGAGCUGGAGCCUGACUAUGGCACGGCCACGAGGAGGAGGCCUGACUGUGGGCGGGGCCUUCGCACUAGGGCCUAUGAGGACGUGGCAGAUGAUGGUGGUGAGCUGAUGGAGGAGCGGCCCCCUUUCUCAGCCACGACAGCACCCCUGGCCCAGCCAGAACGGGGCAGCCUGGGCAGCCUGGACCGGGUGGUGCGACGCUCACCCUCGGUUGACAGCGCCCGCAAGGAGCCUCGCUGGCGGGACCCCGAGCUGCCUGAGGUACUGGCCAUGUUGCGGCACCCUGUGGACCCUGUGAAGGCCAAUGCGGCUGCCUACCUGCAGCACCUGUGCUUUGAGAACGAGGGUGUCAAGCGGCGUGUACGGCAGCUGCGGGGGCUGCCACUACUUGUGGCUCUGCUGGACCACCCGAGGGCGGAGGUUCGACGCAGGGCCUGUGGGGCACUGCGCAACCUCUCCUACGGUCGAGACACCGACAACAAGGCUGCCAUUCGGGACUGUGGUGGCGUGCCCGCCCUGGUGCGCCUGCUGCGGGCUGCCCGGGACAACGAGGUCCGAGAGCUCGUCACGGGCACACUCUGGAACCUGUCAUCCUACGAGCCCCUGAAGAUGGUCAUCAUUGACCAUGGCCUACAGACACUGACCCACGAGGUCAUUGUGCCCCACUCGGGCUGGGAGCGAGAGCCCAAUGAGGACUCCAAGCCACGGGACGCCGAGUGGACUACUGUCUUCAAGAACACAUCAGGCUGCUUGAGGAACGUGAGCUCGGAUGGCGCAGAGGCCCGGCGGCGACUCCGGGAGUGUGAAGGGCUGGUGGACGCACUGUUGCACGCCUUGCAGUCAGCAGUGGGCAGGAAGGACACAGACAACAAGUCGGUGGAAAACUGUGUCUGCAUCAUGCGGAACCUGUCUUACCACGUGCACAAGGAGGUGCCUGGGGCCGACAGGUACCAGGAGGCUGAGCCUGGGCCCCCAGGUGCUGCUGCUGCAGGCUCCCAGCGCCGGAGGAGGGAUGACGCCGGCUGCUUCGGUGGCAAGAAGGCCAAAGAGGAGUGGUUCCAUCAAGGGAAGAAAGAUGGUGAGAUGGACCGGAACUUUGACACGCUGGACCUGCCCAAGAGAACUGAGGCUGCCAAAGGCUUCGAGUUGCUGUACCAGCCCGAAGUGGUACGUCUCUACCUCUCUCUUCUCACGGAGAGCCGGAACUUCAACACUCUGGAGGCUGCAGCUGGUGCCCUACAGAAUCUCAGCGCUGGCAACUGGAUGUGGGCCACGUACAUUCGCGCCACCGUGCGCAAGGAGCGCGGUCUGCCGGUUCUAGUGGAGCUGCUGCAGUCUGAGACUGACAAGGUGGUACGUGCAGUCGCCAUCGCCCUGCGCAACCUCUCGCUGGACCGGCGCAACAAGGACCUCAUCGGGAGCUAUGCCAUGGCGGAACUAGUGCGCAACGUGCGAAAUGCUCAGGCUCCAGCACGACCCGGGGCCCGCCUAGAGGAGGACACGGUGGUGGCAGUGCUCAACACCAUCCACGAGAUCGUGUCCGACAGUUUGGACAACGCGCGCUCGCUACUGCAGGCCCGUGGUGUGGUCUCUGAGACCAUAGGUUUAUCUGCCCUGGUCCCCCCUCCCACUGCUUGCAACCAGCCAGCUGCUUGCUUGUGCCUUGCAGAUGGUGAGAAGCCGGGCAGCGGUGAUGUGAUCCCCAUGGAGGUUCUUGGCCCAGACGGAUACUCCACAGUGGACCGGAGGGAAAGGAGGGCUCGAGGCAGUGCCUCCGCAGGGGAGACCUCUGAGAAGGAACUGUUGAAACCCGACCCCAGCAGGAAGGCUCCUCCUCCUGGGCCCAGCAGGCCCGCAGUCAGGCUGGUGGACGCCGUGGGGGACACUAAGCCUCAGCCCGUUGACUCCUGGGUCUAGCUUGCAUGCCUGGGCCCGGGCCUAGCCUUUCAUUCUUAGGGAUCUGAUCACGGGAAGAAGGGAACUCCAGGGGCUGCCUGCACAGACCCUGCCAUGGAGCUUGGAGCCCCCUGGCGGCAGGGGUUGGCAGUGCCUCUGCGCUGGAGCCAAGGCCGGACUUUCUGGACACGCCUCCCUUUCUGCCCCCUCGAUCCUUCCCUCCUAACUCCCUAGGCAGAGUUAGCUGUUUACUGACAUGGUGCUGUGUGUGGGUGAAAGAGAAGGCCUGUGGGGCUCUGGGGCGGGGCCCAGGGAGGUGCCAGGAGAGGGGGCCUGAUUUUGCUCUGGGGCUAGAGGAAUAAGAGUGUGGCCCUGUGUGUGCAAUGCCCUAGAGGAGUGGGAUAGGCCAGCCCUGGGGGCAGGCAGCUGGGCAGGGAAGGGUGCUCUGAAAGAGUGUGACUCUGAAGGGUGGAGGGGAUCCCCUGGGCUUCCGAGCCCCACCCUGCAUGGCAGGCCAACCAUGGGUGUGGGGCUGCUCCAGGGGGGGCUGGCCCACGCAGAGAGGGUUGGAGGCAGCGAGAUGGGGGUCAGGCUGUGCUUGCCCCCACCCUGCCCUUGGAUACGUGAAACCCAGUGCAGUGGGAGCCUCCCUGAGUGUCACUGGUCCUGGUGCGGCUCCCACAUCCUGUCUGCUGGAGCCCUGAGUAGCGCCUUGGGGACUGACACCUCUGGGACUGACCCGCGGCAGCAGCAGGGAACUGCUGUUCAGUGCCUGCUGUUUGUGACUUAAAAACAGAAAACACUGACAAAAAGCAUUAAAAACAAAACCAAAAUAAAAUUGUAUUGGUAAACGUAAAUUUUUGUAAGAAAAUUUAAAAAUUAAAAAAGCAACAAAGGAACUUCUUCUUUUCCAUGGCUCGGACCUCUCGCCACAAGCUGCUCGCUCCUCCAUUUGUCAGAUGGGGAGUGGGGGGAGGUGGCCUCAGCUGUCUGUCUGCUGUGUCCAGCAGGGGCUCAACUCCCAGGCCCCAUGGGUGUUUCCCCACACACAUCCCCCCCGGAUUGCUGCGACCUUCUUUCUACAUGCAAAAAGGAGUAGGCUUGCUCCUGGGUGGUUAACUGGGUCCUGAGCCCCAGGGCGGUGUCGUGGCCAGAGGCUUCUCUGGGCAUAGGUGGGCUCAUGCAGGACAGGGUGAUCCCUGGGGAGCCUCUGACGUGGCCAGAGGUCCAAACACUUGGGAGCUUGGGGCUGGAGGGACAGGGUCGGGGCUGGGGGCAGCUAUGGAUUUAAAUAGACACAAGCCAACUCUACCUCAUCACUUGACAGCUGCACAGCCUGCAGAAGUGGCACCUGGUCUGAGCCCACUGUCUCUUUCAUAAACAAGGCUGAGUAGGACUGGGGAAGAUGCUUCCACUCAGUGCCACAUGGGCCAGGCGGAGAGACCAUCCCUGGCAUUGCUGCAGGGCCGAGUCCCCCUUACCCCACACCUGCUUGGUCAGAGAUGGGUGUGAAGUGUGGCCAACUACCCAGUUCUGGUUUCCCAGGUGAGAGCCUCCGGGUGGGGGCUCAGCCCAGCCCGCACAUAUCCCUGUGGGCCUGUGACUUGUAUCCUUGGCCUCGCCACAGGAGGAGCAGUGCUGGAACUAGGAGCCCCCUGGACUCAUGAGCAUUAGCAUCCAGUCCAGGGGAGCACCAUGUGUUUGCUCCCAAAGUGGAGGGCACCAGGGGCAAGAAGGAGCAGCGCAGUGGUUGAAAAGCAC